AUGGACGACGACGACACAUUUACCUGUCGAAUACAAUAUAUAAACGAUGCCGACCCAUUUGCCACCACAUCCUCUUCAUAUCUAGAGCCAAUGAGACCAGUGACUUUCAAAUUUCGACUACACGAGUGUAUUAACGACCAACUACAAGAUGUGAUCCGAACACUUCGGGCACCCCACAAAGCCGGUGAUUCCUCUCUUCAAGUAUAUCGGGGUCUCGAGGGAGGCGGCGGCGAGUUGCACACAUAUCUGGAUAACGAUAUGACAUUAUCCGAUCAGCAGGAGGAAUUGGAUAUACUCAAAGCUGAUACGUACGUUUUUGCUGACUGUUUUGACAAAAUCAUAGCGGAGAGAAAUCGGAACAGUUUCUGA